AUGCAAGUAGAACCUUAUAUAAAUUCUGUGGUGAAGUCACUAGAUAACAGCGCUCUCAUAAAUGCAAAGCUAAAGAGAAGGAAAUAGCAGAAUAUCUAUUAUGACAAUGAUGGACUCACUGUGAAGUAUACUCCGAACUAAGAAACUCACGAACUUGCUUGUUUGUAAACAGAUUAAGUUAUCACUUCUUCAUUCUAUUAUUUCGAAGUUAAAAUCCUGAAAAAAAUGAACAACAAGAAGUAAUUUUGAUGCUUAAAUUCAGUGUGAUAUCCAUAGGGUUGGCAUUUGAUAAUUAUCUAGUAAAUAUGCCUUUGGGAGUCUUUAGUGGGAGCAUAGGGUAUUAAUCAGAUGGAAAAGUAAUUGUUCAAAAAAAAGAGAUUGAUUUAAAAAUGAAUCCAUACAAAUAAGAUGAUGUUGUAGGGUGUGGAAUUUAUAAAUCGGUAGUCUUCUUUACUCACAAUGGAAUUCGAAGUUUGCAAACAGUCAAAAUCGAUAUUAAAGAACCCUUAUACCCAACUGUAGUUUGUGGAGAUCUUGUGGUUUUGCAAUUCAACUUAGGAGCAAGUCCUAUGAUUUAUGACUAUAAGAAAAUGUAAGUGAAGGAAUAGCAGGAUAUCAUCCAGUAAAUAGAUAAACAAGAUGUUUCCCCUUACAGUCUUCAUCUCAUCAUAUAAGAAUAUCUGUGGAGCCAAGGUUACAUGAAUUCUUUGAAGCAAUUUGAGAGAGAGAGUUCUCUUGAAGAAAACCAGAGUAUGAGAUUUGAAAAACAACCAGAGGAAAUGACAUAUGAGGAAGAAUAGUAAUUAGAAGGGGAGUUAAAGAGAAAGCAAAGUCUGCAAAUGACGCCGAUGUCUGCUUUACAAAGAAAAUUAAGUGGAUUGCAGAGUCCUAAUCUUUAAUAGAUCUCAUCGAUUGAGAGGAAGGUCAGUGGAUUUUAGUUAGAUGAGUAGGAAAACAACAAUGAAUUUAAUUAAAUAGCAGAAUAGGCUUUUUUGAAAGAUCAGCUAGUUAAUUAAGAAAGAAUAAGUAUGUAAGUUAUUUAAACCAGAAAUCCAGAAACUCAUUCGAGAAGGCAUGAUAGGCGAUGUUAUUGUAAUACUAAAUGAAAUGAUGCCUGAAUUUUUAAAAAAGGAAGGAAUCAGACAAACUCUCUAUGCCUAAUAGUUUAUUGAAUUAAGUAUUCUCAUGUAUCAAUUUUUUAGUGAAAAGGGACAGAGUCUAAGAAGCUAUAGAGUUGGGACAAUUGCAUUUGAGCCAGCAUCUACAUUUCCAAAUAGAAAGUGUUGAUGAGAAGUUGAACCCCAUUGAAAUCAAAAUAGAAAACAUAUUGGGAUUGAUAUGUUAUGAUGACAUAGGAAGCAGUGCUCUGAGAGGACUUACUAGUUAAUAAUAAAGAGAAAGGGUUUGUGAGUACAUCAACAGAUGCUUGUUAAGUAAUUAUAGGAAAUUCUAAUUAAUUUUAGUUGAAUUGGGAUAUGAAGAUGAAUCAGCAUUGGAGAUAUGUCUUAAGUAAUUGAGUUAGGUUUGUGAUGAAAUUUAGACAAGAGGUUUGCUUGGUGGUCAGAGUGUCUAGUUUUUAUGA